CAGAUUUCUGUGAUCCAGGAACUUGUUACUAAUUAUGAAGCCUCUCUUAAAACAUGUGACUUUUUUAGCCUUAAUGAAAAUGGGGAGAAGGAGCCCCCAACAACACUACUCUGGGUUCAGUAUUUCCUGGCACAGCACUUUGAUAAACUUGGGCAAUAUUCUUUGGCUCUGGAUUAUAUUAAUGCUGCAAUUGCUAGUACUCCAACUCUAAUAGAAUUAUUCUAUAUGAAAGCAAAAAUUUACAAGCAUAUAGGUAAUCUCAAAGAAGCUGCAAAGUGGAUGGAUGAAGCACAGUCUUUAGAUACGGCUGAUAGAUUCAUAAAUUCCAAAUGUGCAAAAUAUAUGCUUCGAGCAAAUAUGAUAAGAGAAGCAGAGGAAAUGUGCUCCAAGUUCACAAGGGAAGGAACAUCUGCCAUGGAAAAUCUAAAUGAAAUGCAGUGUAUGUGGUUCCAAACAGAGUGCAUUUUAGCUUAUCAGCGUUUGGGGAGAUAUGGGGAUGCCUUGAAAAAAUGCCAUGAAGUAGAAAGGCAUUUUCUUGAGAUAACUGAUGAUCAAUUUGACUUCCAUACAUACUGCAUGAGAAAGAUGACUCUUCGUGCCUAUGUUGAUCUUCUGAGAUUAGAAGAUAUGCUCAGAAGACAUGCCUUCUAUUUCAAGGCUGCUAGAUCUGCAAUUGAAAUAUACUUGAAAUUGUAUGAUAAACCCUUAACCAAUGAAAGCAAACAACAAGAAAUAAAUUCAGAAAACCUGUCAGCUAAAGAAUUGAAGAAAAUGCUUAGCAAGCAGAGAAGAGCUCAGAAAAAGGCUAAAUUAGAAGAAGAGAGAAAGCAUGCGGAAAGGGAACGUCAACAAAAAAAUCAAAAGAAAAAAAGGGAUGAUGAAGAAGAAGAAGCCAGUGGUCUCAAAGAAGAACUUAUACCUGAAAAAUUAGAAAGGGUAGAAAGUCCUUUGGAAGAAGCUAUCAAGUUCCUCACACCACUUAAGAACCUUGCUGCUGAUAACAUUGACACUCAUCUAUUAGCAUUUGAAAUAUAUUUUAGAAAAGGGAAGUUUCUGUUAAUGUUGCAGUCUGUCAAACGAGCUUUUGCCAUAGACAGUAAUAACCCAUGGUUACAUGAAUGUCUAAUUAAAUUUUCUAACUCUGUGUCUAACCAUAGUAAUCUUCCAGACAUUGUGAGCAAAGUUCUAUUUCAAGAAAUGCAGAAGCUAUUUUUCAACAAGGAUUUGAAAAGUUUUAAUGAGGAUUUUCUCAAACAUAAUGCUACCUCUCUUCAGCAUUUACUUUCAGGUGCUAAAAUGAUGUAUUUUCUGGACAAGUCAAGGCAAGAGAAAGCAAUCGCCAUUGCCACUAGACUGGAUGAAACUAUAAAAGAUAAAAAUGUAAAAAUUUUAAUAAAGGUUUCUGAGGCACUUCUUGAUGGAAGCUUUGGGAACUGUAAUUCCCAAUAUGAAGAAUACAGGAUGACCUGUCACAGCCUGCUCCCUUUCACGUCUGCUUUCCUGCCUGCUGUGAAUGAGGUCAGCAGUCAUAGUGCGGCACUAAACCAUAUGGCCAACUAUGAUGUCUUGGCAAAUGAAGUUUGAAAUCCCAUAGAAAAUCGGCUCCUAUAGAUUCAAAGCUGACUUCAGAUCAGGGUUCUUUUCAGGGUAUAUUUUAAUAUAGAUAUGAAAUGAAAUCGUUGGAUAGUUUUUUUCAAUGGAGUAUUCUGUAAGCUUAUUCUAUUUUUUAUCUGACUCUGCCAGUAUACAUAAGCAUCUGUUAAAAUGACCUGUUUAUACUUGUACAGUUUUCUUAAACUUUAGAAUUAACAGCAUUAUGGUGGUGCUGUCACUUCUUUAUCAUAAAUAUGAUAAUUUCAUUUUAAACUAAGGUGUAUACGGUCUCUAAUUUUUUUUUAGAUCCUGGUUUUAGAGUCUAUGGUUUGAUCCCUUGUUGAUUUGUCUUAUUGUUUUUUUGCUUACUUUUUAAUGAAAGCACAUCAGCUUUAAAGUGGUAACUAUAUGUAUGUUAAAAACAAUAUGGAACUUCUUUUGUCAGAUAUUGAGGUUUAGUUUAAAAUUUACUUCAGUUUGCCCUUUUCUCUUAAUUUUUUCCUGAUUUAUUAUUUUUUAAUAUACAUGAAAAUUUCUUUUGAUUCAGAAUGUGGGGAUUGGUUUGCCUCUUAAUCACUGAAAUUCACUGAUCAAUUUAUUGUGUAUCUCUAGGUCAGUCUUAAAGACCCACAAGCAAGAAUUAUGCUUUCUUGGCUAAAUUGCUUCGUGUAUUAAUAAAUAGUUUAUAUCUGAGUGGCAUAUGCCUCAAGGAAGCAUAAUAGAGCAGAAUACAAAUUAUAAUGAAGCAUCUUUACUCUUAUCGUCAUACAUAGACUACUAAAUAUGUUUUUAUAUCAGCAGAAUGGGAAUUUAAUCUAUUAGUUUAAUUAUUAAAACAGUAUUGUCAGGCAAUUUUUGUGGAGGAUAGCUAUUUCCUUCUUGUAUAGAAAACGGUAGUGGAAUCAUUCAAUAUGUUUCUUGCAGAACUGUGUAAAUAUGUCUGUAAUAUGGAUACUUCCCUUAAAGGCAAAUAUAAAUUCAAAAGGGAGAUUUUAUUUAGAGAAAUAGUUCUAAUUAAUAUGAUUUUCUUUCACUCUAAGCUAUUUUAGAUUCAUAAUUAUUGAGAGAAAAACACUUACUGUAAAACAAUGUCAACCUAUAUAAUGCUGUAAUAAAUUAUUUUGUACAGAGCUG